AUGACAUCAUUGGAAACGUAUAAUGAUAAUGUAAAGACCGCUUUAAUUAUGUGUUUUUUAAGUGGUCUUUCAACAGCCAUUGGUGGAUUAUAUGUAAUUUUCAUUAAACAACAAUCUCAUAAAUUAUUAGGUCAUUUAUUAAGUUUUUCAUCAGGUGUUAUGAUUUAUAUAUCAUUUAUGGAUCUAUUACCAGAAUCAAUUGCAGAAAUUGGGUUUUAUAAUGCAAAUAUAUGGUUUUUUGUAGGUAUUAUAUUUUUUGCAGUAAUUUUAAGAUUUGUACCACAUGAUCAUGAUGAAAGUGGUGAUUCAAAUCAUGCUCACUCACAUAAUGGUGCAAGUAUAGAGAAACAUAGUAGUGAAAAAAAAGAAGUAGUGGAUGAUGAUGAUGAUGAUAAUAAUGGUAAAGAUAAAAAACAAAAGCAACAAAAACAAAAACAACAAAAACAACAACAACAACAAAAACAAAAUAUUGCAAAAUCAAAGAAUAAGAAAAAGAGUAAAGAUGAUUAUUUAAAUAGUGUUGGUAUUGCAACAGCAAUUGGAGUUAGUCUUCAUAAUUUCCCAGAAGGUGUUGCAGUUUAUUUGGCAUGUUUAAAGGGUAUUGAUGUUGGUUUACCAUUGAUGCUUGCAAUUGCAGCUCAUAAUAUUCCAGAGGGUAUGGCAGUUGCUGCUCCAAUCUUUUCUGCAACUGGUAGUAAAUGGAAAGCUUUUAAAUAUUGUUUAUAUAGUGGUCUUUGUGAACCAGUUGGUGCUAUUAUCUUUGGUUUAAUCUUUAAAGAAUAUAUGACACCUUAUUUAAUUCAAUCAAUGUUAGCCGCUGUUGCUGGUAUUAUGGUAUUUAUGGUUAUUAAAGAGUUAUUACCAGCUGCAUUUAAAUAUGUUUCAGUUGAUGAAUCUGCAUUUUCAAAUAUUAUUGGUAUGAUUUUCUUCUUCUUUUCAAUUCAUUUCUUACAUUCAAUGUUACCGCAUGACCAUGGUGGUGCUGGUGAUGGUGGCCAUGGUCAUUCACAUGGUGGUCAUGGCCAUUCACAUGGUCAUGGUCAUUCACAUGGUGGACACUCUCAUGAUUCUCAACAUGUUGAAAGUCCACAAAGUUCAAGUUUUAAUGCAUUUGCAUAA